AUGAUUUUUUUGACUGUGGUAAUACCACAGUGGAUAAUCAAUCCAUAUGCUGACAUUGAAGAAACCGAUGUCAUAUUACAAGAGGGAGUGAUCGAAUUAAGCACCAACGAAGAACUUAAGGUACAGUGUAGAACCGGAUAUCAGGAAUUCUGGCUUCAAAAAGACAGACCUGUU